AUGAUAACAGCAUUGAAUAUAAGACCAACGAGAGUCCUAAUAGUGGUCAUAAUCUGUGUGGUCCUAUUCACAAUUGGUGGAGUCCUAAGGCUAGAUAAAGAAUCUAGGUAUUCUGACGUUUAUAACUACUACUUGAAGCAUGCAACCGAUCAAUACCAACCAGGAACACUCGAUACGUAUGGGUAUUCCAUCGAACCACAGAAUGUGAAGUUCAAGUUCAUAAAUCCUAAAAACAAGAGAGGUACACCACAACAGAUUGUGGAGCAAAACAAUAAAGUAUAUGAAGAAUUGGUGAAACAACAAAUACACGAACCAAAAGAUUCAGACUUAUCGGGUAUCAGACCUCCCACGGAAUCGGAAAUGCCCAAUUACGAUCGAGCUGAUGCUGUGAUAAUAGCUUUGGUCAGAAAUAGCGAAUUGACCAAAAUAGCAAAGACAAUCAAAAAGUUUGAAAAAUCUUUCAAUAGUAAAUUUCAAUAUCCUUACAUGUUCAUAAACGACGAACCUUUCAGUGAAAGAUUCAAAACAAGGAUGGACAAAUUGAUUCCAGGUCCCAAAGAGUUCGUCACGCUUCCUCCUGAAUUAUGGAAUAAACCAGACUCAAUAGAUGUGCAAAAACAAACGAAGAACAUGAACGUAUUUCAUGAAUUGGACAUAGCAUAUGCCAAAAAAGAAUCAUAUCACAAUAUGUGUAGAUUUUAUCUGGGAGGAAUAUUUAAACUCCCUGAAUUACAGAAGUAUAGAUAUUAUUGGAGAAUCGAGCCAGACGUUCAAUUCAAUACAGAAAUCGACUACGAUGUAUUCAAAUAUUUGCAAACAACCGGUAAAGUCUAUGGAUUUACUGUCAACUUAUAUGAUAUCGAAAAGUCAAUCGAAACUUUAUGGCCCGAAACCUUAAAGUUCUUAAACAAAGGAGACAAUUACAAAUACGUUGAUCCCAAUGGAUCAUUCCAAUGGCUUUUGGAAAACCAACAACAUCCCGAAAAGAACAAGGUUACUGGGGGGUAUUCCACUUGUCAUUUCUGGUCCAAUUUUGAGAUUGCCGAUAUGGAUUUCUUCCGUGGAGAAGCUUACACUGAGUGGUUCAAUCAUCUUGACUCGACAGGGAAUUUCUACUAUGAAAGAUGGGGAGAUGCUCCGGUUCAUUCUGUUGGUCUUGGAUUAUUUGCACCCAAAGACAAGAUUCAUUGGUUCAGAGAUAUUGGCUACUUCCAUGACCCAUACGGCAAUUGUCCGAAUACUUCGACCACUAAGAUAUGUACUGUGGGAGCCUUCAGUAGGUGGAAACAUUUAGAGGACCAAAACUGUAUGACAAGUUGGAUACAAUACUCAAUGGAGGACCCUUCACUCAUCUAUUGA